AUUUUAGAAAUGUACUUUUUCUGCGACUUUUUAAUUUUUAGCUGUUUGUUUGUCAGUGGUUUUCAAUUUGGAUAUUAUUGCAAAUACACUUAUAUUUAUCGCAGUUUAUGGCUGAAUUGGUUUGUACUAUUCGGAGUUUUGUUGUGCCUACUUUUAGCGAUGGGAUGGACGCUGCGAAAACAUAAAAAGAGGAAAUAUUUAUUUGAGAAUUUCUAUAUCGUGUUUUAUGGUCUAAUAUGUAGUGUUAUAAGUGCUGUUUUCUUAGUAACUGAAAGUACAGAAAUUUUAUUCUACUUCGUAUUCAUGUCGAUGGUAGUAAUAUAUUUACCCUGCUAUAAUUACAUUUCGUUGCGGUGUGAUUCGCAUGGUUCAAGGCCAGCGCGUAUAGCACUUGGCAAUACUAUAUACUUUGCUGGUCUUACUGCAGGGUUUUCAAUCUUUAAUGAAUUGGAACCGAAACGAUGUGCCUGGGUACUAUUUGGAAUUUCGUUGUCAACUUUAGUUUGCGUCAUUAUCAAUGAAGUCUUACAACAAUAUGGUAUUCAGGAUUAUAAAAGCUCUUGUGAUCUUGUCUUUAAUUUAAUGAAUGAAGAGAAGUUGAUUUAUGCUCCAAGAAAAUCAAUACUGACACUUUUUGUAGGACGAGACGAAUACUGUUUUAAGCGCAACAUUCAGUGGUUGGUAGUGGGUAUGGCAGCUGUUGUUACAAUAGAGAGGUGCUCUUUAUAUUCAAUGACUUAUCUCACUCUCAUGUACCGAUCCACCAUUGGUUAUACACAAAGUAACCAUUUGUACUUGCCUUAUAUGUUAUACGUGAGUGGCUGUGCACUGGGCUCGCUCUUAAUGUUGCGUUAUAAACCCAAAUUGAUUUACCUGAUGUUCGGCUUAAUUAAAAUAACAAUUACAGCAGCUAUAUUGGGUGUAUAUAAUGAUAAUUUUCCAGAGCAUUGCUUCAUACUAUUAUGCUUCUACUACAUCUCUAUGGGAGUAUAUUCCAGCAUUGGAAUACAGAUGUUGUUAGAAUGUUCGCCGUUUCUUUAUACGGAACUUACUUUGGCUGGAUCAUAUACCCUGGAGCUAACAUUAAUGGAAAUUUCUAAGCUCGAGAUCGUGAAUGAGGAUGAAAACGACUGGACGAUGCUCUUAGUUUUAAGUCUAACAAGUAUUUUCCUAACGAUCUGCAGUAUUUGCUUGAUACAACUUUUUUUAGUCGAUUCUGUAGGUCUAGUUGAAAUUCGUAAUCGUCUGUUGGGCAUACACAGAUUACCAAUGAAAUCAUACGAAAAUAAGUUAUAUAAAAAUAACUUUUUCCUACAAAUGGAAAUUCCAUCGAAUGUUUCAAGUGUUGUUAUAGAGAACAAUCGUGAAUUUCAACAGUAUCCAGCAGAAGAUGGCAAAAAUACAAAAUUCUAAUAAAAUAUAUUUUUUAAUGAUAUUGUAUGUAUGUAUGUAUGUAUGUAUGUAUGUCUUAUAUUUAUUUUUUAUAUUUAUUCAUUUAAAGUAAAUCUAGUUAAAAUAAAGUAAAUUCAGAAUGUCUUAAUCUGAAUCUACACCUAGCUGUAAUGUUUGGGGUGGUGAUGGUGGUAACGUUAUUUACAAUUAAUUAUAUACGUUAUAAAUUAUAACUAUCACACCAUAAAAAUUAGUAAAAAAAAUUAGCAAACUGGAAAAUUUUAGAUAGCAAACUGAAAAUUGGUACAGAGCUUCUCCUUUGCAUAAGUAGUAGAAUAGUUGAAAACUCAAUCAGCUAAUUUUGUUUGCAAGUUUAAGCGCCCAAUGGAGAUGGUUUAAACUUUAACAAGAAAUAGAAAAAUGUAGCUGAUGCCAAAAUAUUAAUACAAAUUUUAUUAAAAUAAACAUUAA